AUGGAAAUCGGAUCUUGCAUUAAAGUUCAAAAUGGCAGCUGUCCAACAUUAUACUUAACUCGUGCAAGUUACCUCCAUGAACAAUCUUAUUCAACCCAAAACCGUAUUUCAACUCCUUCAUCUUAUGUGACACUUCCUCGCAAAAAUUGCACUUGCAAAGCAACUUUAAAGGAGGCCAAUAGCAAGAUUGAAGCUGUAGAAAAGGUAAAGUGGCUACUAAAGCUCUCACAGAUUCCUCAAGUAUCUGAGGUUCCAAGCUUUAGCAAUGAAUCCCAAAAGAAAUUACAAGAACUAAUUGAUGGAUUUAGCAAUGGUGAUGCAAGGCAAGUGAAGAAUAUCGAGAGAAUAACUAAUCAUGAUGUGAAAGCAGUCGAGUAUUUUCUUAAAACAAAGUGUCAAGAAGAUCCACAGAUAGCUAAGGUGCUUGAAUUUUUUCAUUUUGGAUGUACAUCAGAAGACAUAAACAAUCUAGCUCAUGGUCUAAUGCUUAAAGAAUCAUUAAACUUGGUUAUUCUUCCAGGGAUGGCAAAAGCCAAUGCUCACAUUCCUAUGCUUUCUCGAACUCAUGGACAGCCAGCUUCACCUACAACUUUGGGAAAGGAAAUGGUGAUAUUUGCUGAAAGAUUAAGCAGAGAAAGACACGAUAUUUCAAAAAGUAGAAAUUUUGGAGAAAUUUGCAAGAGCAUUGCUUACAUUGUUUCUAAAACAACCCUAUUUGUGACGCAGAUUGAAUCUCAUGAUUACAUGGCAAAACUUUUCCAUUCAUUUAUUCGAUUUAAUAACAUCUUGCUUGAUUUUGAUAAAGACAUAUGGGGAUAUAUCUCUGUUGGAUACUUCAAACAGGUGACUAAAGCUGGUGGAAUCGACUAUGCCUUACAAAAAACAUUGGUGUGGGAUUACAAGAGUGCACUUGCUGGAAUCAGGAAGCUUCAGGUGAAUGAAGCUGCCUUAAACAAGGAUCUGGACAACUCAUGGGAGGUUCUUGCUGAACCGAUACAGACAGUGAUGAGAAGAUAUGGUGUUGAGGAGCCUUAUGAGAAACUGAAGGAGCUUAUGAGAGGAAGAGUGGUUAAUGAAGAGAGGAUUACUGAAUUCAUUAAAGGGUUGGAAAUACCGGUUGAAGCAAAAACAGAGCUUUUAAAGUUGACACCACAUAAUUAUGUUGGGGUUGCAGCUCAAUUGGUGGAGGAAGCGUGUUUUAGGGCUAAUAAUAAUGGGAUGUGGUGA